CUUUUUAUUUUUGAAUAAAUUAUUUUCAGUGUAAAUUAUUAUGGCAUUCAAAUUACAAUACGCUGUUUUCUCUGGCAUUUGUGCGGCUAGUGCUGGCGCAUUUGGGAAAUUAUCCGGUUUGGACGCCUUUCAGGAUUUCCUGAUUUUACGCCUAAUAUUCUUUGUCUCGAUGAUUCUAUGCAACGCCGCAGUUUGGACUUUAUUCGUUAAAGCUUUGCACCAGUCGAGUUCUUCGUUUGUAGCCACCAUCGUCAGUUCAACUUCGAACUUUCUAUUUACGGCUAUCCUUGGCUAUUUUCUGUUGGGAGAAAUAACUUCUACACUUUGGUGGACAGGAAUGGCUUUUAUCAUUUGCGGAUUGAUGUUUAUUGUGUCUGACGAUGAUGUCGCCUGUAAAAAAUAAAAUUUUC